CUCCUCCUUCACGGUUUGGUCCGACCGAGAGAGAGAGAUCGUGUUAUUUCGGGUAGCUACUAUCGGCAUACGGCAGGUGAGUUCACGACAGCUCACACGGAGUGUAUAGACUACGAGCCUGGCAGUUUAUCUAUCUCUAGUUAAAUAUAGCGAGUGUCCUGGUUUCAGCACUGCAGGUCGUUAACAGCUCCAACAACACCAGAGGAGAGCGGAGAUUUGAAGAGCCCCUCCCCGCCCAAGUAACAACCAGAGCCGGCAGAGUCCAAGCGCAGCCCUGUUGUCAGUUUCAGCACCAACAGCAAGGAAGAGCAGAGCUGUCCAAACAUCCAGCAGUUUGUGACCGCUAUCGUCGGUUGGAUCAUCCACACAACACAACACCCCCAAGACAGCUAUAACCGGGAGUCAUCUAGCGGGAAAUAGCCUACAGCCACCGAUUGAGUGGAUAUUUUAUUUCAGAAUGGCGUCCAAAGGAAUGGGAGUUCUCCUUCUGCUCGGGAUUUUUGCUGUGACUGUCUCCCAGAUUUCUGCUUUUCCCACACCUGCCGAGGAUGAUAAAGCUGUAUUUUACAACAGACGACUGACUGAGGAGAGACCAAUCCAGGAGCAGAUUGCAGAGGCAGAUGAUGUGAAAGCAGCAGUGGAGUCUGCAGACACCAAACCUGCUGUGGAGCCUAAAGAGGGUGAAAGAGGCAGAACCAGAACAAGAGAACGAUGA